ACACCAACUUUGAAGUCUGAAAUAUACGCAGCCGAGCGAGCUCUGUUUACGUGCCGAACCCAAAACAACUUCGCAUCGCGCGUCUUGUCCUCCGAAUUGAAUUACCCAGGCAUGUCCCAGACUCUGUAUCUGUACUGAAAAGAGCCUCCCUUGAUACUGUUCAGAAGCUGAAGCUAUGGCGACACAAGCGUUUGAGAACGGCACUUUACAUCGGCGCACGGAAUCGCGCGAGAUACUGUCGCAGAGCGACCGCGUUAACACAACCUCGCAUCAGCACACCCACGCCCACGCUCGCAGAUCUCGGUCGUUGAAAGUACCCGGGGACGUUAUUGCAGAGGCAAAGACGACAGGAGACCGUGAGAGGUUAUCGGGCCGCUCAAGUUCUACGCGACACAGAUCUCCUACGCGUUCGGAAUCCCAAGCGACGGCGGAGAGACCUACAGAGAAAGAUAUUCCAGAACAUGUUAUACCAGAAUCGCGAUCAGUCAGCUCUAACAGUGCGAGCCAUGGAGCAGUAUCGAGUGCUUCUUCUAAAGCAGUCUGGAACCCAGAAGUCAAACUGAUAGAGUCUACCCUAUCUUCGCUUGCAUCACGAAUACAACCACCUCCGUUGUCUGCACAUACUUCUGGAUUUAAGAAAGCUCUCGAUAUCAGCAAAUUGCCUGCAGAAGUACAACACGCUGUCAUAAUGGAUGACUUGUUGUACGUUUUAGUGGGAACGGAGGGACAGUACAUCAGAUUUCAUGAACGGUACAAUCCAGCAAUCGAAGUAGAGCGCCUUGCAGGACCCGAAUUUCGUCUCACAAAAGGCCUGGAUCCCAGUCUGCGCGACAUCACCAAAAAUCUACUGAAAAUGGCAACCUACCAUCUAAGUGUAGAAGCGUUUGUCGAGCAACAAAGCAAGCCAGAAUAUGGCACUGUCAACCACGCGCUGUGUGCGGCUAUGCGCACGAUUGUGAAGGAGUAUUUGGCGUUGAUUUCGGCCAUGGAGUACAGGAUGCUUACAGAUCCUUCGUUUACGCUUACCGUGUUUUCUUUGGAGACAAUGACGAUGGCAAAGAAGCUUAUGGAGCUUAAUUUCCUCAUUGUGAAGCUAUCGAACAAAGAAGUAGCGCAGCCGGAGGAUGCUGAGGACAGCUCUUCUGAUUUUGACAAGAUCAUGGAGACUCUACGCGCAAACGACGGUAAUAUUAACGCGUUGAACGGUAUCGGAGCGUCGACGACGACCUCGUCGAUCAAUAAAGGAGCGGACGUCAUCAAGAUUCUCACGGAUAGACUAUACGCUGUCGCAGGAGAUCCUCCGGCGCGAGAACUCCUGACAUUUCUGUUGCGAGAGUCGUCCAAGCCGUAUGUAAAGAUGCUGAAUCUGUGGCUGCAUCGAGGAAUCAUUAGUGAUCCGUUCGGUGAGUUCCUGGUUAAAGAGCAGAAAGGCAUUCGGCGGGAGAAGAUAGAUCAGGACUACACUGAUGAGUAUUGGGAGAAGCGGUAUCUAAUCCGGAAAGAGGCCUUGCCUUCUCAGAUUGCGGAUACCAGAACGUGUGAGAAAAUUCUGCUCGCUGGAAAGUUUUUGAAUGUCGUUCGGGAAUGCGGGGGAGUCGAUGCCAGCAGCGAGACGACGGAUGCGCCUGAGACGAUCGACGAUUCGCGACUGUUGGCCAAUAUCGAUGUCGCGUACGCGCACGCAAACAGCUACCUGCUGAGUCUGCUCAUCAACACCCAUGGACUCGCGGAGCGACUGACGUCGCUGAAGCACUACUUCUUCCUCGACCAGGCGGAUUUCUUCACCAGUUUUGUUGAGGUUGCUUCGCACGAGCUGAAGAAGCCGGCAAAGUUUGUUUCGACGUCAAAGCUACAGUCUUUGCUAGAUUUGACGCUGCGGCAACCUGGUAGUAUCACCGCGGUCGAUCCGUUCAAGGAGGAUUUGUCGGUGGAGUUGAACGAGGUUGGUCUGACUGAGUGGCUAAUGCGGAUUGUCAGCGUUAGCGGACUUGACCAUACGGACUCGUCCGCUAUAAAGCAGCUGAGCUUUGUACCGACGGAUGACAGAGCGAACGAGAAGGACAAUAAGAAGACGUAUUUGGGAGUACAAGCGCUGCAGUUUGACUUCAAGAUCCCGUUCCCGCUCUCGCUUGUAAUCUCGAGAAAGACGAUCCUGCGGUAUCAGCUGCUGUUUCGACAUCUGGUGGCUCUGAAGCACAUUGAGCAGCUUCUAGGAUCGAGCUGGAAAGAUCAAGCAAAGUCGAUUGGCUGGACUAAGCGGACUGCGAACAAGAAACUGCAUACGUAUAAAGCGCGGGCGUCUAAUUUGCGGGCAAAAAUGCUUGUCUUUAUCCAGCAGGUGCUGUAUUUCUCGACGUCGGAGGUUAUGGAGCCGAACUGGGUGUCUUUGAUGAACAGUAUCGGCAGUAUAGAGACCGUUGACGCGUUGAUGCAGCGGCACGUCGACUUCCUCGAUACAUGUCUUAAAGAGUGCAUGCUGACGAACGCGAAGCUUCUGAAGAUCAUGGGGAAGCUAACUGCCACCUGCCGGAUGUUUUCCUCCUACGUCAACGGUCUCUCGCGAACGCUGCAGAGUGUAGAAGCAAAGCUGAGUGAGAACGACGAAGACGAGUCGAUCGUCAAGCUGCAGACGCUCCUGGACCAGUACGAGCAGAACUUUGACCACCACUUGAAGAUGCUGAUGGAUGGGCUGAACUACUACGCUGCCACGGAGACGGUUGUUCUUUUGAGUCUGUGUGCGAGACUGGAGGUUUGUAUUAAUAGUUAGAGGGAGGGUAGUGUAUGUAUAUGAGUAUGUUUCUGUAAGGGUUUGUCAAGAUGCGCGUGCCACUUUUUCGGGUUGUUUGUUUUAUGUUUUUGCGUUUCAGAGUUUGCAUUUAUAUUAAUAUUCACAAAAUGCACUGAGUUCAAUAUAC